CACACACAGCGCUGGACGGACUCGCACCAGAUACACACGAUACACACAAAAUGCUGCGUCCACGAGCCCUGUCAGGCUGCUGCAUGUGAACCAGAAGAAGAAGAAGAAGAAGAAAUAGAAGAAGAAGAAGAGGGUUGACGACUGUGCUUGUGCGCGUGUGUGUGCGGUGGACACGGUUUGUGAGUGCACCUUGAACCGCUUCGUCUCCUCCUCGCUGCUGGCAUCUCCGUCAGGAUGGCGUUAACGAUCUGCACGAGGUUUACCGAUGAAUAUCAGCUGUUCGAGGAGCUGGGGAAGGGGGCAUUCUCUAUCGUCAGGAGGUGCGUGAAGAUCUCCAAUGGACAGGAGUUUGCUGCCAAAAUCAUCAACACCAAGAAGCUUUCUGCCAGAGAUCAUCAAAAGCUGGAGAGGGAGGCGAGGAUUUGUCGCCUACUGAAGCACCAGAACAUCGUACGACUCCAUGACAGCAUAUCAGAAGAGGGUUUCCACUAUCUGGUGUUUGAUCUCGUCACAGGAGGAGAGCUGUUCGAGGAUAUCGUAGCCAGGGAGUACUACAGCGAGGCCGAUGCCAGCCACUGCAUACAGCAGAUCCUGGAGAGUGUCCAUCACUGCCAUGUUAAUGGGAUCGUCCACAGGGACCUGAAGCCUGAGAACCUUCUAUUGGCCAGUAAGCUGAAGGGGGCGGCGGUCAAGUUGGCUGACUUUGGGCUUGCUAUCGAGGUGCAGGGGGACCAGCAGGCAUGGUUCGGUUUUGCCGGCACCCCGGGCUACUUGUCUCCGGAGGUUCUGAGGAAAGACCCAUAUGGGAAAGCAGUGGACAUGUGGGCCUGUGGUGUGAUUUUGUACAUCCUGCUGGUGGGCUACCCUCCUUUCUGGGACGAGGAUCAGCACCGUCUCUACCAACAAAUUAAGGCCGGGGCCUAUGAUUUCCCAUCCCCAGAGUGGGACACUGUUACUCCUGAUGCCAAAGAUCUGAUCAACAAGAUGUUAACCAUCAAUCCCAGUAAACGCAUCACUUCUGCGGAGGCUCUCAAACACCCUUGGAUCUGCCAACGGUCCACCGUGGCCUCCAUGAUGCACAGGCAGGAGACUGUGGAGUGCCUGAAGAAAUUCAACGCCAGGAGGAAACUCAAGGGGGCCAUAUUGACCACUCUGCUGGUCACAAGAAACUUCUCAGCAGCCAAGAGUUUGCUCAACAAGAAAGCAGACGGCGUUAAGGUCAACAACAAAGCCAACACAGUGACCAGUCCUAAAGACCCUGCCCCUGCACUGGAACCGCAGACAACUGUCAUUCACAACCCUGUGGAUGGAAACAAGGAGUCCGUUGAGAGUGCCAACACCACCAUAGAGGAUGAAGAUGUAAAAGCUCGCAAACAGGAAAUUAUCAAAGUCACUGAGCAGCUGAUUGAGUCUAUCAACAACGGAGACUUUGAGGCCUACGCGAAGAUAUGUGAUCCUGGACUGACUUCCUUCGAACCCGAGGCCUUGGGCAACCUGGUGGAGGGACACGACUUCCAUCGCUUUUACUUUGAGAAUGCCCUGUCCAAAGGGAAUAAGCCCGUGCACACCAUCCUCUUGAACCCACACGUGCACCUUAUCGGGGAGAACGCAGCGUGUAUCGCCUACAUCCGCCUGACCCAGUACAUGGACGCCAGCGGCAUGCCCCGCACCAUGCAGUCUGAGGAGACCCGUGUGUGGCAUCGCCGCGACGGCAAGUGGCAGAACAUCCACUUCCACCGCUCUGGCUCCCCCAGCAUCCCAUCCCAGUAAGAGACAUUAAUGGAAAAUCAACAUUCGGCCCCAAAAAACAAAAUAAAAAAUAUCCCAUCAGCAAAUCAAGCCGGGCAGUGAGAACCAACCCAUGACUGCACUCUGACCUUUUGACCCUCCUAUAAGGAUAUACCAUCGCACAGGACACUAAGUAUUAAUACAUUUUACUGUUAUGGCAUUUUAUUAAUGGACAUCAUUCGAAACCACCAACCGGUGGCGGCACACUGUAUUUGGACAUUAUGAAACAAGCAUAUUUAAAACAUUUGUUUGUUUGUUUUUUAAGAUGUUUUGGUAUGCAUUUUAAAUAUGAAAUAGAGAUGUUUAAAAAUCUACUACUGUAACCUCUCCCAAAAAUUAGUUCUUGUAUUUUUACGUGUAUUUAUGUGUGUGCAAUACAACAACAAAAAAAUCAGUUGGAAGAUCAGAAUGUUAAAAUUGAGCUUGCUUUAGUUCUGGUGAUGUAUAUACAUUGUGAUUGUUGAUUAAAAACAAAAACAAAGAUUGAAAAUUGCUAUUCUUGCUAUCAGAGGAAUUAAGAGUUUAUGUAAAAUCCAGUUAAUGGGCUACAUUUAUGUUUGCUAUGAGCUAAGUCAUACUGUUUGAAUUGUCAGAUUUCAACCUAUAAUACUAAUUUAAAUGUAAAGAAAAGCAGAGCAGCUUCCACUUUGCAUUGAGGUAUGUUUGCCUUUAUAUCAGUGAAAUAAGAAAUAAGAGAAUGUAGCAUAUAUGUAAUAUAUGAAAAAUCCAAGACUAUUGUGUAGUGCAUGGGGGGGAUAUUGUGAGUAAGAGCAUAUGAUACUAUAAUAUCUUCUGUUCGAUCUGUGAAUCACUGACUUGUUUGUUUGCAUUUGUUAAUGUUGUGCAUUAGUUCUUGUCCCAAAUGUUUCUGAUGUCCUCCAAUAUCAUGGAACUGCUGUAGAAACACAGUGACAGUUGACAUCCAGCGUAAAUAUCCAAACCUCAUAUCUCAAGAGGAGGGAAAACCAAACUCCUGGUUGCAGAAGCAUCCCUUAUAUUUUGUAUAAAAAUGAGAAGAAAACGAGCCCAUUUUUCAUAAUGUCUGUGACCGUAUUGUAUGACUGUAUGUAGGGUUUCUGUUGUCAUUUUAUUCGCGUCAUUUUCCAGUGUGUUACUUUGCCAGUUGCACAGAGAAGGUGGGAGAUGAUGAAGACUGAGCGAAGGCACUCCAGUCUCUACCUUCAGUCAGUGGGAUGACAGCCUGACGGUUGGCUCAGCAGGUCUGCGAGCGUUGUCAUACUGGUAUGCUGGGAGGACGGUGAAGGAGAGGAGUCAGAUGAGACUGUUGGCAAGUCUUCCUCGACGAUCAGUGAUUGGACGAGCCAGUGGUCCCCUCGCCGCUGCAGGACAACGCCUUGUCUUUGUCAUCCUUACUGUUUGCUCUUUUCAAUUGGUUUGUCUCUUCUUUUUUUUUUUUUUCAAGGGGGAAAAUGUGAUAAAACAUUUCUUUUGACGAAAAGUAUGAUGUCAGUGCAAUGCACCACUCCUUAUAUGGUGUGUACCUGUUGCCAGCACGGCAAUGGUUGGCUUAACAUGUUUAUGAAAUAAAUAAAUCAGCUAAAAGGUG